ACAGGCCUCUUGCCUUCUUUCUUUCUGCGACCUCAAAAAAUGCAGCCAUCCCGCCCAGCAAGUGCCUCGACUCGGCAGGCGGCCUCUCCACACCCCAGCGCACUCCAGCAGAUCAACACGCAGACCAAGGUCUUCGAUACUGCUCAGGGACGCUUGCUAUGCAUUGCAGACAUCCGUGGCCGUCUCUCCGCGUUGAAUGAUCUCGCUCGCGAGGCUAACGCAUGCGCGAUCAUACAUACUGGAGACUUUGGCUUCUUUGAGGCAUCAAGUCUCGACCGCAUCAACGACAGAACACUCCGUCACCUUACGAUGUACUCGCCACUUAUACCCUCAGCGCAACGUACACACCUCCUUGCACCGGAGAAUCCGCCAGCUAUCAUACGAUCGACUGUGACCAUCUCACUUCUUUCCGAGUUCCCUCUGCUCCUCUCAGGGCAGAUCAAGCUCCAAAUACCGGUUUACACGGUCUGGGGUGCAUGCGAAGACGUGUCUAUUCUCGAGAAGUUUCGCUCUGGGGCAUACGCAGUCGACAACCUCCACGUGAUUGAUGAGGCUACCACGCGUGUCCUCGAUCUUGGCGGCGUAAAGCUACGCUUGCUGGGACUUGGGGGUGCUCUCGUGCCACACAAGAUGUUUGACAAUGGCGACGGUCAGGCGACCAUUGCCGGCGGCCAAGGCACCAUGUGGACGACCGCCCUUCAGAUCGGAGAGCUCGUUGAUACUGCGCAACGAAUCUACGAUCCGACUGAGACGCGCCUCCUUGUCACGCAUGCCAGCCCAGGUCGGGAGGGGAUUAUGGCUCAACUUGCGCUUGUUUUGAAGGCCGACCUGACUAUUUCUGCUGGGCUUCACUUCCGAUACGCUUGCUCAUAUAACGAUUUCAGUGCGCAAGGUGAUUUCGAAGGCUUCCGCCGUAAGCUCCUCGUCGGAAAGGAAGGCUUCGAGAAGGUCUGGGAGAGUGUCAAGGCGCAAGUCGACAAUGUCAUUGACGACAACCAGCGCGUACUGCUUGACAAAGCAUUGUCUGUCGUUGACCGUAUACCCCCGCCUCCGAACCAGCCUCUGGCCAACGGGCAUAUACCAGGAGAAGAGCCCGCUUGGAAGAACUGCUGGAACUGGAAUCUGUGUGAUGCGGCGUAUGGAUCGCUAGUUCUCGAUAUCCGUGAUGGUCGUGUCUCUGCAGAGCUCAAGAGUCAGGGUUUCAACUACGCAUAUCGCAAAACUGUCACCCCGUCGACAAUAGAGCCCACACCAAACACCACUUCGACGUCCUUCCCGAAUGUUAAUGCGACUGGCACGCCAAAGGGCUCAAGCACUGGCGCCGGCGCGACCCCCACGACUUCGGAGAAGCCUUUGCCGCCUCAUCUCGCACCCGCUGGAGCGAAGUCGAAACCGACAACACCGCCUCCCACCUCUGGCCGGGAAACGCCGAACAAGGCUAACGGCUCGUCAGACAAGUCGGCAGAGAAGAUGGAGAAGGAGCGUGCGAAACGCGAGCGGAAGAAGGAGCGAAAGCAGCAGGAGCGUGCGGACAAGGAUGGAGCGGCGCAGGGCAAGGAGGACGAGGGCAGCGGGCAGGCAAGCCCCGUGCCGGAUAUUGAUGUCAGUAGUCCGAGAGAGGGGGUGAAAUCUGGGAAGAACACGCCAGACGUUGGUGAGGUCAAGAGGGACGACGGAGUGCUGUCCCCUGGGACCGAGAGUACCGGUGGCGCUCGUACUCCGACAAGCAGAAGACCACAGAGAAAUCCGUGGACAAUCUUCAUGCGUCUUCAAACACCCGCACAGGAAAACGAGAUCCGCGAAUUCUUUGGCGAAGCGAAAGAAGGAAUCGUCCGCGUAACAUAUCCUAACAACUUCGCGGGCAAGGCUUUGAAGAUGGCAUAUAUCGAGUUCGGAGAUGAGGAAGCUAUGAAGGCUGGUCUUGAGAAACAUGCCGAGGUCCGCGCGCACAGCUCGCAGUUCAAUGACAGUGCACUGACUCGUUCAUACUUUCCCAGAAACUGAAUGAUUCAGUGCCCGAGGUCAAGCAGGCAACAGACAGGGAGACGAGGAAUGCAGAGAAUGCCGCUUUCCGUGGUGGACCCUUCCCGGGACGUGGUCGAGGUGGUCGAGGUGGUUUCGCCGCACGCGGUUUUGCAGCGGCUGGCCUAACACGAGGCCACCCCAGGGCGAAUGGUGAUGUGGCACCCGCCCCUGCUCCGGCUGAGAGCUCGUGAGCAAAAGACGUUAGAAUAUUCUAGCCCUGAUGCCCUUUAAUGAUGCACGUUGGUCUAUGCUUCUCUGUUUGUGCUUGGCUCCUUCCGUACUCCUGUCUCUAAGUGGUUUGCGCUGCGCAUGGCAUGCUGAGGUUGUAAAUUCGACUCUUCCUGUGUUAGUAGCAUUCCUCUUCUCGCAGUGCAUGCAUAGAUAUAUUACAUUGCUUCUCUGGCCAGGUAAUGUUGACACUACCGUGCAUGUGACACUACAACCGAUUGAAUUCCUGAAUCCGGUAACUUAGAAAAGGUGGUGUACGCCAAAAAGGCAGAAGAAGAUCAAAGUAUCUGUCAGAGCAGUUCGUGCAGGACUCGAUCGUACUGGUGCGGCAUGUGAGAGCUAAUCCGUGAAAUAGUUAGCCGUAAUGAUGAGCGUUCGC